AUGGGGGUCAGAGUUUAUACAGAAGUUUUAGGUGUUUUCCUCCUAUGUGCAUGCUAUUAUUCAUUUUUAGCCUCUGGCUUAGACACUCUAACAGCAUCUAAGCGAAUGAAGGAUCCAGAUAUUCUGACCUCUAAUAGCACCAAUUUCACACUGGGAUUCUUCAGUCCUGAGAAUUCAUCCAAUCGUUACCUAGGAAUUUGGUACAUGUUAAAAACCACAGUGAUAUGGGUGGCUAAUAGAAAAGAACCCCUCACAGAUCCUCCAGGGAUGCUCAAGAUAUCUGAGAGUGGCAAUCUUGUGAUACUAGAUGGAAAGGAACAUGUAGUUUGGUCAUCAGAUGGAUCGGAUAAUGACACAUCCCACGUCAUUUUGCAGCUACAGGAUUCUGGAAAUCUUGUGCUGAAGAACAAUAUCACUGGAAAAGUGAUAUGGCAAAGCUUCCACCAUCUUUCUGACACACUGCUGUUUCCUACUAGUGGUGGGUAUAAUGCACAAGCAGGUCAGAAAUUCAUGUUGACAUCAUGGAAAAGCCCUUCUGAUCCCUCCAUAGGAAGCUUUACAGCUUCUAUGGGACCUAGUACAGUUCCUCAAACGUUUAUUUGGAACAACACUCACCCAUAUUGGCGGGGAGGUCCAUGGGAUGGUCGAAUCUUCGCUGGCAUACCCAAUUUGGAGGAUCAGUAUCUCAAUUAUGGAUUCACAUCGGAAAAAGCAAAUGGUACUUUCUAUUUAUACUUUGUAUAUAUAAAACUUUUACCUUUAUCAUUCUAUAAGUUGAACUUUGAAGGGAAACUGGUAUUUCAUAACUGGGAUGACAAUAAAAAAGAGUGGGUACCCCAAUGGACAGUGCAGCAAUCAGACUGUGACAUUUAUGGCAUUUGUGGAUCGUUUGGAAGCUGUAAUCCACAAAGAAAGCCAAUUUGUAGCUGUUUACGUGGUUUCAUUCCAAAAAAUGGUGAAGAAUGGAAUAAAGGAAAGCGGACUAGUGGAUGCGUAAGGAGGAAGCCAUUGAAGUGUGACAGAGCCAAAAAUGAAACCAGAAAUGGACAUGAUGAUGAUGGGUUUGUGCUAUUGGAGAAUACCAAAGUUCCAGACCUACUAAAUGGGACUUUCACUGUAUCAGCAUUACCAAAUUGCAGAGUCCAGUGCUUGAACAAUUGUUCCUGCUUAGCAUAUGCCUAUGAUGCGGGCAUUGGUUGUAUGAUGUGGAGUGAAAAUCUGAUUGACAUACAAAGGUUCUCAAGUGAUGGUCUCAGCCUGUACAUUCGUCUGGCAGAUUCGGAAUUGAGUAACUCAUCAAUGAACUACAACUGUUUUGAAUUUGAAAAGCUUGCAGCUGCAACCAACAACUUUCAUUCUGCUAAUAAGAUUGGGCAGGGUGGUUUUGGUCCAGUAUACAAAGGAAAACUGCAAGAUGGACAAGAAGUUGUUGCAGUUAAAAGGCUUUCAAGUGUAACAGGACAAGGACGUGAAGAAUUCAUGACUGAGGUGGUGGUAAUUUCUAAACUUCAGCAUCGCAAUCUCGUAAGACUUCUUGGUUGCUGUGUAGAAGGAGGUGAAAAGAUGUUAAUUUAUGAAUACAUGACAAAUAAAAGUUUGGCUGCAUAUCUCUUCGAUCCAUCCAAAUGUGAUGUCCUUGAUUGGCAGAAGCGUUAUUGCAUAAUAGAAGGAACUGCUCGAGGUUUGCUCUAUCUUCAUAGAGAUUCAAGAUUAAGAAUAAUACAUAGAGAUCUCAAGGCAAGCAACAUCUUAUUGGAUGAGCUAAAUCCUAAAAUAUCAGAUUUUGGCACAGCAAGAAUCUUUGGAGUUAACAAAGAUGAGGACUAUACAAGAAGAGUGGUUGGAACAUAGUAAGUUAACAUCCCAGUUGUAGUUAGUAUAGAACUCC